CCGACUGUUACGAGUGCUAAAAAGUUCGAGAAAAUUUUGCGGCCUUAAAAACUAAAGGAAAAUAUCAAGAUGGCUAGUAUUAAUAAAGCAUUGUUUGUUAUUGGUUUGCUAGUUUUGGUGUUUGUUCGGUUUAAUCAAGGAGGCAUCAUCAAGAGGGAGCUAAAUUUAACUUCAAAAUUGGAGGAAUGUUCUUCUCAAACACCCUGUGGAUGGGCAGUUUACAACAGCUCCACAAGGAAGAUUAUAUAUUAUAUGAAAAACACGUGUCAAUGCGGGAACGAACUGAAAUGCCUACGCGACAAUGAAGACGUGUCAAUAUCAUCAUACGCAUACUACUGCAGAAAAAAUUCAUAAUACUUCACCUCCCCUUACCCCCUCCAGCGCUCCUUAAUAUUAGUUCCUAGUAAAAUUAUUCCACUAAUAAAUAUAUCGACUGAUUUACUUAUAUGUAAAAAAUUGGAAUUUACAAGUAGGCUAAAAUUAUUUAUAAAAUCCAUUUUAUUUUAUAAUAUUUAAUUGUAGUGUUAGUAUCAUCUUAGUACUUACCUCUUUUCGCCAUUUUUACUUAACAAAUUAUUUAUACCUCAACUCACAGGC